AUGAAUAGUAGAAGAAUCAAUUCCCGUUCACAAAAUUUUAGUAGAGGCCAUAAAAGGCCAGUAGUACCCCUUCCACGUCCUGAGGAAGUACAAAACGAACAAUUCAAAGCAAUCUCCAAUGGGUUUAAUUCAUCUGCGCUAUCAUAUAAUGGGAGCGAUAUGGUUGUUUCCGUUCCUCAUGGAGAAAAUUAUAAAGGAUCAUGGAAACGACAGAUCUGCAGAGAAUUUAACAACCAGCACCAGAUGAGGCGAUUCAUAACAUCAUGUAUUGUAGAUGCCAAGAAAGUAGGCUAUGAAUUGGAUGCUCUUGUAGAAGAAUUGAGUUCGCCGGACGGAAUAGAUAGGAUCAGAGAGAUUGUGAUGUCACCAGCUUCGGUAGACGCAGGAGAGCAAGCUAAAGUUGCAUCUUUUCAACGAGUAAUCUUGCCUUUUUUGGCACUUUUAACUCGUAGUGGAAUAAUCGAAUGUAUCCUUGAUAUGCAAGUUAAUGCGAUUUAUGCUGUUGUCUAUAAUAACUUGGAUUCGUUCAUUAAUGAUAGCGUAAUGUCUAUGCUUCAAGAGUUGGUUAAAAGACAAAAAAUAUCUGAUCAACUAGUUAGUCAAAAUGAGCUACUUAUUGACGAUCCGCAUGCAUUUAUUCCCACAUCGUUGGGGCAAUUUUUUUUGGUUAUUGUUCGAAUGAUUAACGAAUUUUUAAAGCGCAUAAAAAAUGCAUCUUACAAUGAAACUAUUCAUCAAAUAGCCGAGAAACUUGAAAGAUUGAAGGAUGAAUGGCAUGAAUCAUUGGUUCAGCAGAUUAACUCAUCUGACCUGUUCGCUGACAUUAAGUGCCGAGAAUAUUUUUUUAUGAUUUUAAAUAAAGACAUCGAUAAUAUGAAGAUGAUGUUAGAAAAACCAGAUAAUGAUUUAUCACCUCGAAAAUUAUUAUCUAAACGUGUUAUCGGUUCUUACCGUAAUAAAUCGAUAUUAAUGGACCUACGAAGAAUUUAUGACCCUCCAGGGGAACUUUCACCGAAUGGAAAACGUCACGAUAACGAUUUUAGUGAAAUUUCCAAAAUAUCCAUCAUUCCUACCAGGGAAGAAACUUUAUGCGAACGCGAUCCUUUUUUACCUGGCAUUGAUGAAGACGAUGAUACGCAUCACUUGCCCAAGGGUAGUUCUCGUCUUCUCGACAGGCAAUUUCGCUUGCUCAGGGAAGAUAUGCUCAAUGCUUUUCGUUUAAGCAUCAACAGCUUCAUUACCUUUCUUAGCGAAACAGAUGAAAACAAUGCGCAAAUUCAGAAACUUAAGACACAAGGUGGAAGAUAUGGAAAUAAUCGAGAUUUAAACGUUUACACCAAUGUGGAGUUUUCUGAGAUUGUUAUAGACAAACAUAAAGGUUUUUCUUGUCGAAUUGCAUUUACUCCGCCGAUCAGUAAACAAACAGCCAGAGAGCGCAAAGCAUACUGGGGAAAGGUCAGAAGACUUAUGCACGGAAAUCUGGUUUGUCUCCUUUGGCCAAAUGAAGAUGCUUAUGACAAUGGAAAAAAGACUAUUAGCGCAAAAGAUUAUUCAUUGUAUUUUGGCACAGUUGCCAGUAGAAAUGAAGAUAUGUUAGCAGAAGAAAGCGCGAAAAUUGACAUUAAUUUCAUAGAUGUUGCCAUUUAUUCGAUUGCUAUAAAGGACAUCUUGAGCAAACAUUCCUCUAACAAAAUAGUUAAACAUCGUUUUAUGAUUGAGUCGACGGAUCUUCUUUUCGAAAGUUAUCGCAGUAUUUUGAAAACUCUACAAGAAGCACGACCUGAAAAUUUCCCCUUCGCAAAAUAUUUUGCUCCACAAAUAGACAACGACAUGUUCGAUGAGGUCACGAAAGUUGACUCUCCUAUCUAUUCUAGGGCUCCUGGCUUCAAUUUUGAUCUUUCGGUUUUGCUCAAAAAUAAAAACAGAGAAUUACUUUUGGAUUUUGAACACUUGCAACCAGAAAAUAAUGUUAUCGAAGAUCUUAAAACAUACAGUUCACUAGAUAAAACUCAAGCUCGAGCACUUGUUUCAGCUCUAAGUCGCGAAGUUGCAUUGAUUGAAGGACCUCCUGGAACCGGAAAAACAUACAUUGGUGUUCAGAUUAUGCGCGUAUUACUUGAAAAAAAAAAUCGUAAAAUCAGUAAAGUAGGGCCAAUCCUUACAAUUACCUAUACCAACCAUGCGUUGGAUUCAUUUUUAUUAAGUCUAUUAGACCAUAACAUAAAGAAUUUUGUUCGGAUGGGCUCACGGUCAAAAUCAGAAACCAUCGGGGAAUAUCAGAUCGAUGCGAUUUGCAGUAGGAAUAAAGAUCAGAGACUUAGAUCAUUGCUAGGACGUUCCUAUAGCGAACUUGAGAAAAUUGAAGAAAAGGCGAAAAAAAUUACGGAGCGUCAAACACUUCGAUGGAUCGAUUGGAAUCUUCCGUCAGUCACAUCUUAUUUGAUGGAUGAAUUUCCCGAGCAUUAUAAAAACUUACAGAACCCCAAUAUUCCGGAGGCCCUAUUAUUAAUUGACAGAAUCGAAGAAAGUCGAUUAAAUGACGAAGAUGGGAAAAAAGGAGAUGGAGUGUGGAAGAAAGUUGGCAGCAGCAAACGAAAAGCAUCGAUCUUUGAACAAUGGGUUCGUGGGUUAGACUUACAGGAGGCUCAAAUGUUACAACAAAAACUUCAAAAUAAACUUAAGAACAAAGAAUAUUUUCAUGAAAACAAAUAUGAACCACUCUCAGGUGUAAGCGAAAAAGAAGAAGAUGCUUUAGAUAUUUAUGAUUAUAUUGACGAAAAAGAUCAUAAAUUCCUAAACUGGCUUAGUUCGUGGAGGAUGCCAAAAAGUACAAGGAGUUUGGAUGAAUUAAAAGAUGUUUAUGAUGUUUGGAAUAUGUCAAAAGCGGAGCGUGUGAUUUUGCAUGAUUUUUGGAGAGAAGAACUUCAUUCGGAGUCUGUCAAAGAGCUCGCAAGAAUAAGAAAGUCACACGACAAAAUUAGAGGCGAAAUUGAAAAAAUAUAUAACGAAAAACGACGUAAUAUUCUAAGUAAAUGUGAUGUUAUUGGUGUAACUACAAGCGGCGCUGCAAAGCACCACGACCUUAUCAGGUCAAUUGCGCCCAAAAUCAUCAUUUGCGAAGAAGCUGGUGAAGUCCUAGAAGCACAUAUUCUAAGUAGUCUGACACCCUCGAUACAACAAAUUAUUCUUAUAGGUGAUCAUAAUCAAUUGCGUCCUAAGAUUUGUAAUUAUCGAGAUUACCUUUUGUUAUUUUGGCUUUAUCAUGAUUUGUCCAUCGACUCGGAUAUUGGAAAGAACUAUGAUUUGGAUGUUAGUUUGUUCGAACGUCUUGUACAUGGGAAGAAUUCUUGCACGAAGGUGGAAGCCACGCAACUUUUAACUCAGCGACGUAUGAGGAGAGAAAUUGCAGACUUAGUCAGGAAUACGAUCUACCCAGACUUGGAAGAUCAUGAUGAAACAUUGUUAUAUCCUAACGUUCAUGGUGUUCAAUCUAAUGUUUUCUUCAUUGACCACCAAAAUCCCGAAGAUCCGAUGAGGAGCGAGUUUGCUCUUCAGUCUCAUUCUAAUGAAUUUGAAGUUAAAAUGAUUGUUGAAAUGGUAAAGUACUUUGUUAGAAACGGAUAUACAAAAGCCGAACAAAUUGCAGUCCUUACGCCGUAUUUAGGACAAUUGUUAAAAAUAAGAGACGCGUUAGCAAGUUCAUUCAUGGUUGUAAUAGAUGAACGUGAUAGUGAUGAUCUUGUUAAAUUCCAAGAUCAAAUGAAAGACAACGAUCAGCAAGAACCAUCGCCUAAAGCCGAGAAGAUGAGCACAGCAUCUAAAAGAAGAUUAAACCAACAGGUCGUGCUACGAACUAUCGACAACUUUCAAGGCGAAGAGGCGGACAUCGUUAUCAUUUCGCUCGUCAGAAAUAUCACGAAUAAAAAUUAUGGAGGGUCCAUUGGCUUCCUAAAGUCAAGAAAUAGAACAAAUGUUUUGCUUUCGAGGGCUCGACAUGGAAUGUAUCUUAUUGGUAACGCCAAGCUUAUGAAAAAUAAAUCAGAGAUAUGGGCCGACGUGAUCAAUAUUCUCGAAUCCCGUCAGCCACCGCAAAUUGGUCCCGGAUUCCCAAUUGUAUGUGCACGGCAUCCCAAUCAUAAAAACAUCAUCACUGAUCCCAAAAAGUUCGGAGAAAUAUCUCCUGACGGAGGAUGCACGCUUAGCUGUGGGAGAGCUCUUAAUUGUGGUCAUAUUUGUCCAUAUAAAUGUCACCCCGAUGAUCCUAAUCACAUCUCUAUUUUCUGCAAGAAGGAAUGUAACCGCUUGCAUGAAUGUGGCCAUCCUUGCAAGCGUUUGUGCGGAGAAAAAUGUGGAGAAUGCAAUUUUCCAGUUGGUGAUAUCGAGCUACCCUGUGGCCAUAUUUUAGAAAAUGCGUGUCACAAGCCGAUUAAUUACGUAAAGUGCCGAGAGAAUUGUGGAUUUCAAAUUCCAGAAUGCGGUCACCCGUGUAAAUCAGAUUGUUGUGAAUGUCAGGAUGAAUCCAUUAAGGCUAACGGUGGCAGAGCGCAAAUUGAUGAAAACGGUUAUGUUAAGCGAACUAAUCAUCAAGGAUGUAAACAAGAUUGUGCGAGGAAUCAAUUUUGCGGCCAUGU